GCUGCCAUUUUAAUCUGGGAGCUGAAGAAGCGGAGUGCCGCAGUACCUCGAGUACUUGGCCGAAUAAAUAAAAAAAAACUUGCCGGGAAGACUUUUUGGACCGAUCGACGGCUUUUUCCUGGGGGAGAAAAAACAAAUCCCGUUUGGACCAUGAUUCCUAAAACUGUGUGUGUCAAAGCGCAGCAUGCAUUCCGCCCAAGAAGGGCCGUGGGACCCCCAGGCCCCGUCUAAGCAUGUCUCGACGCCCCAGCCCCAGCCCCUCACCUACCCGCGCCUUGCCCACACGACGACAGCCACGCCAGCCAAGCGGAUCACCUUCUACAAAAGCGGGGACAGCCAGUUUGGGGGGGUCAGGAUGGCCAUACACAAGCGCAGCUUCAAAUGCUUCGAUGCCCUGCUGGACGACCUUUCUCAAAAGGUGCCCCUUCCGUUUGGUGUGCGGACCGUGACUACGCCGCGCGGCACCCACAUCAUCAAAGAUCUGGAGGAACUCCAAGACGGGGGUUGCUACCUCUGUUCAGACCGGCGCCAGGCAAAACCGGUCAACAUGGAGCUGGCCGGCAAACGGCAAAGUGUUUGGCACCAGCACAGCCGCGUACCUCAACAAGCGGAAGCGUUGUCCGCGUCAUCUGGCCACGUGCCUCACAGACAUCUACGGAUCCUGCUGGUUAAGAACACCGAGCCCGGGAUACAACGGAGUCUGGCACUGAAUAGGAGGUCAACCAGGAGCAUGAGGGCUUUUCUGGAGGAGGCGUCCGAAGUGAUGCACUUCCAUGUUCGCAAACUUUACACCGCGGAAGGACGCAAAGUUGACAACAUCCAAAGUCUGAUGUCCUCCUCUGGAGUCAUGGUGUGUGUCGGCAGAGAGGCCCUCAAUCCUAUGCUGUUGAAGUGCCUCAGGAAGACCUCAGAGGAAAAACUACCUGGUUUGGGUAGUAGGUCCCCUGGUCUUGGUCCAAGGAUGCCUGGAAAUGGCGCCCGAUCCCCUGGAUUUCAAGAAGUAAGAUCCCCCCCUCAUGGAGCACAGUCCAGAGCCAGCGAAUGUAGUGAGGGGCAGGACAGCAAGAAAAAUGUUAACUUUGGUCUGGAGACCAAAAAGAGCAUCAUACAUCCUCGUUCAGAUUCUUCAGCACGCUCCACUCGGUUCUCUCUCUCCUCGGAGAAGUCCUUUGGCAACAGUGUGAGAGCCCACUCGCAGCAGAGAUCAGCUUUCAUGAAUGACGACAUCGAAAAGCGUGUCCUAGUUAACAAGGAUGGAAGUCUUUCUGUGGAGAUGAGGGUGCGUUUCCGCCUCCGCAAUGAUGAGACCUUACAGUGGUCCACGCAGAUCAGAAAAUCACCUUCCCUGACAAGUGAGAGCUGCCCACCAAGCCAUGUACAGCGUCCUUACUUGCAAAAUGGCCACUCAGAAAGCUGCUCGGAUUCUGCAUCCUUCGACCCAGAUUGUACAGACUAUUCCAGUCAGUCUCUAAAUCACACAUUUGAGGGGAUCCACUGCACCUGCUGCUACCAGGGGCCUGGACAGCAUUACAACUUGUGGGAGAACCCAGUCCACAGCCACAAACAGCCACCUGUACCACCGCCGCAUACAUCUAGCCACACUACAAUCAGGCACACACAUUCCUCCAGCUCUUCUUCAUCUUGUAACUCCAGGAGAGUGGUGCGCUGUCGGACAAACCUCUCCAACUCUGGAAGAGGCUCAAAUUCAGAGCAAAGCCAACUAGUCCAAGAGGAGACGUGUGUGACGGAGCAGAUAGAGAGCAGAGUAGAUAUUGAACAGAACGGAGACACUCAUGUUGAGGUGUGCAAGGUGAGCCGGUGCUCCAGUCACAGUGAAGUGAUCACUUUGGAUGGCAACCCAAGACUUCCGAGAGAGAGGUCACCUGAGGAGGAGCUGAUGGAGGAAGAAGUGGGACCGCCAUUGUCUACAGUCAGCAGCUCCUCGCAUAUUCUUCAGUCAUUAAAGGAAGAUCAAGAUGAUGAUGAUGACGAUGAUCUGCCACCUAGCGCUUCACAAUGCUCUCACAGAAGCGAACCACCACAGACAGAGCAAAACAAGCUUGAAAACAAGAACAACAGAGGAAGCGGGGCAGCCUCUGCAGCCACCUCUUGUCUCUCUGGAGCUACCAUAACUCACACACCAACUGGACCAGAUGAGAUGAAUGAAGCCCCCAGAUCCAGAUGUAGUUCCGCCAAAGUCAUUUACCAAAGGGAUGAAAGUGAAGAGAUUGGUAAAGCUUUAUCUGUCACCCCUGUUCAGUCUGUGAUUUCAAGUGUAUGUUCUCAUUGUGGUGGUUACAAACAUGUAGUCAACCCUAAUUCUAACAGUAGAGCCUCACAGCGGUCCAAUCACAUCCCUCAAGCCUGUUCAAAGUCCACUUCACCUCUCGCGAGCCAAUCAAAUGCCUAUGAAGGUACCUAUGAUGAUGCUUUGUCUAUACAAUCCAACAAAACCAAUCUAACAAGACAUGGAUCUCCCCUAACAAAUGCCCCAGAGAGCAGAACAUCUAGUGCCAUGUCCAGAAUGUCCAAUUCUAAGACAACAGAGGCGCAAGAAGGAGCCACUUCCGUCAUUAGCCAUGAGUCCAGCACGUCACAGAAAUCUAGUCUUGCUGGUGCCACAGCUGAAAACAAGGAGAGAAGCUCCAGUGUUAUGUCGGGUCACAAGUCCAACUGCAGUGGCACAGCUGAAAGUCCUAGCAUCCCGGCAACAGAGGAAGCAGAAGAGAACAGUAACAACAUUGAAGCUGAAGCUUGUAUUUCACCUAAAACUGUGUCAAGUGUCAGGGUUAAUCCUACAGGUGCCAGUACAGCCGUAGAAGACAAUGAUGCAAAUGUUUUACCUCGCAGUUGUCUUUCUGUCGCAUCUAAUGCCUCUACAAAAUCCAGCAUGGCAGAGCGACCCACGAGUGUUCGCUCUACGAAAUCUUCAAAGUCAAAUAUAUCAGGAAAGUCUAAAACAUCUCACAAGCUGUGUGCAAGAGAUGAGCCAAUGGUAGUCCACUCCAAUGAAGAAAAAGAGACACCAGGUAUAUGUCCAGAAACCUUAAAACUCGAAGACAACAAAGAAGGGAAAGCUGAAGAACGGGCACCUACUGCUUUAUCCAGUAAAUCAACAACUUCUUGUCAGACAAGUUAUGUCUCAGACUGUAUUGCAGCAUCCCCAGAUCUAAAGGAAGCUGACAUUCCUUCUCCGGAACCAAAUGGAAAACCGAAUGCAAAUGAAGAAAGAGUGACCAGUGCCAUGUCUAUUAAAUCAAAGACUUCUGUGAAAACGAGUGCCUCUCAGAUGUCAACGUCGAGCAAGAAUCUCAAAUCAGCUUCUUCGAGACCAAAUGUAAUCACCAUUAAUUCCCCAGAAGACGUUGAUGAGACGAGUGAGGCAACUGGUGAAGGUAAAGAGGUAGAAGAAAACCUAAGAAAAACCUCUGAACAUCUGCAUGGUGAAAUGUUGUCACCCACAAAAAUACACUCACCUCGAACCCACCUGCCAAAGGCUAAGGCCGCAUCACCCAUCAGUUCUAAUGAAGCACGAGGCCAGAGUUCUUUGUCCGUGUACUCUACAGCUUCUGCUAAAUCAGAAAAGCUUAAAUGCCACUGUAGUGCAGAUUCAUCAUGUGAAGAGGGGAGGAAAAAAGAGGUGGCUGAGAAAACUGAAGCAGAGGAACCAGAAGACAACUUGGAACUAAACAGAAGGAAGGACCCAGGAGACAGAGAGCAACUACUGAGUCCAAACUCAUCUGGGUCCAUCUCACUUGGGUUGCCAGACGACCAAGAAAUAGCUGACUCAGACAGCUGCAAGUCCUGUGUUUCAUUUCACACAAGCACUCGCAGCAGGGGCAGGUUGUUGAUAGCCACUCCCAAUGCCCACAAAACACCAGAGUCAAUAUUGUCUCAUAAAUCCAACGUCACUGUGAGUACACAAGAAGUGCAUAUCCCCACUAUUGAAGUACCUGGAGUAGAUGGAGAUGACAGUCCACUUACAGAAAACUGUAGUCAUACCAGUCAGGCUUCAAAAUCGGAUGUUAAAAACCUUGAUGAUAGCAGGUCCUCCUCUUCACUGUCAUCUGCUAGUGCCAUUGCUAAAAACUCUAAGAUUGCUGAAAAAUCUGAUGGAGCUGUGGCAGAUUCUGACAGCACUAAGACAUCAGUAAGUACUGCCAAAAAGGAGGAUUUUGAAAACAACGAGGCUGUUAGUGCUCAUUCCAGUAGUUCCUGUUACCUCGGGACCAACUUAGCAGCUGGUGCAAAAGUGAAAGUAGAAAAUGCUGUCAAAGCAAAUGACAGUGGAAGUGUUUUAUCUGUCAAAACAUCCAGCUCUUCAAAAAAAGAGAGGUCAGUCCAAUCAUCCAGGCCCUUGCACAACUCUAGACCGUGCAGUAAAGCUGAGAGAUGCGGUGAAAGCACCAUGACUGCUGCUGCUGACCUUCUCAACGAUAUCGAAGCAUCAUCGCAUCAACAAUGUCAACAGUCGAAGGCAAGCAAAGGCAGCAGCAAGUCCACCGGGGGGAAAAGCAAGAGGCGUCAGAAAAAGGGGAGCCAGAAGAAUCAAGAUAAAGUGUCUGAGGUCACCCCUGCCUGUCUACCCAACGCUUCCCCCAGUGAAGUUGUCAGUGAUUGGCUGCGCAGCAUUCCUUCUAACAGCAGUAUGCUUGCUCUUGAUGACCUCACUGAGUUUAAGACUGGCAGCGAAGUAGAGGCUAAAGCUGAAAAAGUAACAGAAUUAAAACAGGAGAGUCCUGAUGGCGAGAAAGUGGACAAAGAGGAAACAGUGGAGGGUGAGAAAGCAGAAGACUGUUUGGCGGCAGUUGAAGAGACAGAUCAAGAUCUGGCACCACCAAUGAAAACUUCUUACCAGCCGUUGCCCAAACACUGGCGAUCUUCAGCUGCAGUGAUGAAGGUUCUUCUCAGUUCUUCUAUGGGACGAUGUAGGAGCUUGCCUGAGGUGUCUCCAGUAUAUGGCCGUAGACUAAGUACAUCAGCCAGGGGCCUCUUGGACUGCCUUGCCCAGCUUCAGCUCAUUGAGCCCACAAGAAAUCAGGGCCACGAUAAAAUUGAGAACCAAAACCGGCAAUACGAGGACAUUAUGGCCAUUCUUCAGUCCCUUUGGCUCACUGACCCUCGGGACAUUGAGACCAAGGGCAUUGGCACAGAACAAGUGACACCCCCAAGGUCUUCAUCAGGGGUAGGUAUGAGCAGUGGCUCUGGUGGAUCGGGGAAGGACCAUGAGAAUCAAGGAGGAGAUGAAACACUCCCAAAAGAGUCUUCGCAAGAGGAUGAGGCGGUGGGCAAGGAUAGGCUACAAACCGAAACCAAGGAAAUUAUGACCGAGGCAGUCUUACAAGUUGAGUCCUUGCCGAGUGAGGAUCUAAGUAAAGUGCUUCCUACACUGGAAAGCCAACAAGCCGAGAACCCCUCAUCAUCAGAUCACAGUUCUACCAAUAAUACCUUCAACUCCAGCUCAGGAACACCUCCGACAGUUCUGCAAAAAUCUCUGUCCAAAAAAACAUCCCACGAACCUGAUCCAGUGUGGCUCCUGCACCUCCUGAAGAAGCUGGAGAAACAAUUCAUGAACCACUACAUCGACGCCAUGAAGGAAUUUAAAGUUCGCUGGGACCUAGACGACAGCCUCAUUCUCGACACAAUGAUCUCAGAGUUGAAGGAUGAGGUGAGCAGUCGAAUCCAGAGCAGCAUUGAGCGGGAGAUGAGGAACAUUCAGAGUCGGGCCGGCCGAGGCGAGAAGAUGCCAAGGCCUCCGAAAAAUGCGAACCUCUCGAGGGAGUCCACAAUGACCGAGAAGCGCCGACGGAUACUGAAGGUCAUUAGGAACCAGUCAGUCAAAACCGCGGACUCUGCCAGUGACGAGGAGUUGACAGCCGAGUUCAGCGACCAACGCAGCGAUGACGAGUACUGCCCCUGCGAAGCUUGCGUGCGCAAGAAAAUGGAGGCUCGGCCCCUCAAAAUGCACCCGGCGGCCGCCGAAGCGCCGGUGAUGAUGGAGUUUGACCUCCUGAAAAUACUCCAGCACAAGAAGACCCCAGAACCCGCGCCCCCGACCGCACCGCAGCCCCCUCACCGGGCCGAGGAGAGUGCGGAGGAAGGCAGGAGUUUAGAGGUCGUAAAGGAGGAAGAGGAGGACGACGAGGACGGCGGAGCUCUUUUCCACGACGCCAUCACCGAGGAGGGUGAGGAGGACACGGGGGGAGAGGUCAGACGUGAGGGUGAGGAGAGGAAAAGUGAGCGAAGCGAGUGUGAGAUCAGUGGGUGGCGACGCUGCCAGUGCAGGGGAGGACAAACACCGGAGGGAAGAAGUGAUAACAUGGGCGAUGAAGAAGAGGAGGGGGCGGAGGGAAGAAGUGAUAACAUGGGCGGCGACGGAGAAGAGGAAGUUGAUGAAGCUGAGGAUGUGGGUGGGACAGGAUUGGAUGGCAGCAAAAACGAAUCUGAAGACGGAGAGGAGGAGGACUCAACCCAUCGGGGUAAUGACGACUCCACACUUUCAGAGGAAGGGGAAGAGGAGGCGGAGUCAGAGGAAGAGGAGGCGGAGUUAGGGGAAGAGGGGAAAAGCAGUGCCUCGGCAGGAGCAGAGGACGAUAACCAGGAGGAGAAUGCGACUGAAAAGUCUCAUGAAGAAUCCCCUCAGAAGGAAAGAGCCUCGGCUAAGGGUCAAAGGUCAAUCGGGGGGGCCGAUGACCAAGACUGGGACACGGAGGUCAAAGGUCGGCGACAGGAGUCGCAGGACGGCGCUCUGCUCCACCAGACCACCCGCACCUCGGUGGAGUCCCAGCCGGGAUCCUCAGAGGACUGAGACCCUCAAACACCAUCACGGACCCACUCAAGUCCGAGCCCACAGAACAAGAACUGGAACACUUGGUGCACUUUAUCGCUGAAACUUGAAAGGACACUAACUAGCCGACAGGAAGUAAUGAUACACAUUUUAUUUUUACAGUUUCUGAAUCUCAUCGUUUCAUGUUUUAUUUUGAAACUCCAGUAAUUGACGUUAUUGAUGCUGCGGACUAUAUUUGGUCUUUUCUGUCAAAUAUUUAUCUAUGAUGUUAGCAGGAAGCUAGCUGAUUAAAUGUAGCAUUUUAUGGUAAAAUCCAAAAUAAUUAUGUUUAAAAAAAAAAUAAAAUAAAAUAAACAUUGUACAUUUUCGGCUAAUUUUCAGCUUUUGUUGACUUUACGGUAAAUAGAAAACAAACUGUCAGCUCAGUCGCCAGAAUUUUACUGUAAAAAAAAGAAUGCUACAGUUUUCCAAUUUACAGAAAUGCACUGUAAAAAAAUAUACGGUAAAAUUUACGGUCGUUGAAUGUUAACGUAAAAAAAUAAAAGUGAUAUUUUGUUUUACGUUUACAGUAAUGCACUGUGAAAACAACAACUGUAGAUUUCACAGGGCUCAAAAAAUCUCGGAGCUUAUUUGACAAAAUUUUACCGUAACUGUAACAGUGGUACCGUGUUGAAAUUCAGAGUAAUUCUGUGAUUAAAAAAAAUUGGGGUAAAAUAUUCACUGUAAAAAAACGGUCAGCUCAGUCGCCAAAAGUUUACUGUAAAAAUAUGCAAUACAGUUUUCCAAUUUACAGAAAUGCACCGUAAAAGAAUUACGGUAAAUUUUACGGUCGUUGAAUGUUAACGUAAAAAAAUAAAAGUUGUAUUUUUUAACAUUUACAGUGAUUUCACAGUGCUUAAAAAAAUCUGGUAUUUUGACAGAAUUUUACCAUAACUGUAACAGCGAUGCUGUGUAUCAAUUUACAGUAAUUUUGUGUUAAAAAAUAAUAAUUUGGGUAAAAUUUUGAUUUUGGUGGACUUCAC